GCCCCUGCUCAACAGACUAAACUUAAUAAUGCCUAGAUCUUCCCUUUGUUCCUCUAACCUAGUGAUGAGCCCAAGAAAUCUUCCCCUGGAACUGGGAACACAUCCUGUUGUGAGAGCUCCCCUAAGCAAGAAAGAAGCCUCUAAAGGAUUCCACCCUCCUCCACCUCGUCUUUCUCCUCCACCUGUGGCUCUCUGCCUGGGUUCUCCUGACUGCCGGUGCCCCAGGAUGAACUGGUGGAAGAAGAUGUGCCGGCAGCACUACCUGUGGGCCUUGGGUUGCUACCUGCUGCUGGCUGUCGUUGUCUUCAAACUCUCUCUCCGGUCCAGAUGUGACCUGGACUCCCCGGAUCUGGAGUCCAGGGACCUGCAGAGUCUGCACUGCAGAGACACCCUCUACCACUCUCUGAAGCUGCCGGCCAAGAGCUCCAUCAACUGUUCUGCCAUCACACGGGGGGACCCCGAGGCGGUGAGAGGAGCUCUCCUGAACAACCUGGAACACAAGAAGAAGCGGAUGCCCCUCUCAGACCCUGACUACCUCAACCUGACCCGGGACUGUGCGCACUUCAAGACCCAGAGGAGGUUCCUGACCUUCUCCCUGAGCAGGGCCGAGCUGGCCUUCCCCCUCGCCUACUCCAUGGUGGUCCAUGAGAAGGUCGAGAACUUCGAGCGGCUGCUGCGGGCUGUGUAUGCCCCCCAGAACAUCUACUGCGUGCACGUGGACCAGAAGUCCCCCGACUCCUUCAAGGACGCGGUCAAGGGCAUCAUCUCCUGCUUCCCCAAUGUCUUCCUGGCCAGUAAGUUGGUGCGGGUGGUGUAUGCCUCCUGGUCCCGGGUGCAAGCAGACCUCAACUGCAUGGAGGACCUUCUCCGGAGCCCGGUCCCCUGGAAGUACUUCCUCAACACCUGCGGGACCGACUUCCCCACCAAGACCAACGCCGAGAUGGUGCUGGCCCUCAGGUUGCUGAAUGGGAAGAACAGCAUGGAGUCAGAGGUGCCCACCGAGUACAAGAGGUCCCGCUGGAAAUACCACUACGAGGUGACAGACACUGUGCGCGGCACCGACAAGCUCAAGGACCCUCCCCCAGAAAACCUCCAAAUGUUCGUUGGCAAUGCCUACAUUGUGGUGUCCAGGGCCUUCGUCCAGCAGGUGCUGGAGAACCCCAGAUCCCAGCGGUUCAUCGAGUGGGUCAAGGACACCUACAGCCCUGACGAGCACCUGUGGGCUACCCUGCAGAGGGCUCCCUGGAUGCCUGGCUCUGACCCCUAUCACCCCAAGUUCCACAAUUCAGACAUGAACGCCAUUGCCAGGCUGGUCAAGUGGCAGGGCCACGAGGGGGACAUCAGCCAGGGGGCACCCUAUGGACCCUGUUCGGGGGCCCACCAGCGGGGCGUCUGCAUCUACGGGGUGGGUGACCUGCACUGGAUGCUGCAGACCCAUCACCUGCUGGCCAACAAGUUUGACCCCAAGGUGGACGACAAUGCCAUUCAGUGCCUCGAGGAGUACUUACGCCACAAGGCCAUCUAUGGGAAGGAGCUCUGAGGCCGCUGCUGCCACUGGGGACUCCUGCAGACGUGCAGGAUGGAGUGGGGUGGGGGCAGGGGUUGCCCCUGCAGUGUGGUGAGUGUAUCUGCUGUGGGGUCUUCUGCUACGGCGCCUGGUAGCCCCUCCACUGGUCCUCUCAGAUGGAACACAAGAGCUGGUUCUUAGCAAGAAAAGCUGGGCAGAGGGGGGACCUUGUCUUGUGAAAUGUGGUAGGAGUCAGCUUGUCCUUCCUGAUCCUUCUUGGAUCAUGGGGAAGGAGAUUCCAUGGAGAGAGAGAGAGAGAGAAAAAGAGAGAGAGAGAGAGAGAGACCCCCUUUCACACAAUCAAGUGAAAAAGAAAUAGUCCUUGAUUGAAAGCCCUACCUCUGUUUUCUGUCUUAGGAAGCCAAAGAGAAGGGGACAGUGUGAUUGACAGUCUCGUAGCUGUUAGUAAUAUUUAACAAUCUCGGGUUCUAAGACCACUCUGACUGAUGGCAGGAGGAGCAGGGUCAAAGACAGACCGGGGGGCAGAGCUGCUGCUUUUCUCAGUGAAAGCCUCCUCGCUCUGACUCACGACUCUGCCGUGAGGGGAAAAAGCAGGGGAAUUUGUCCAGUCUGACCACCUGUGAGAGUGGGAGUGGGUAAUCUGGAACAUUUGUGUGUGGGGGGCAGUUGGAGACAAAGGUUAUUGAACUAUUUAUUAAUAAUUAUGUUGGGAGACAGGAAUAGACUAGUACUUUCUAGCUAAUCUUGGAAGUCUGGUUAUUCCAUAGUUCCGCUUCUUGAAUAAAAACUCCCAUGUCAUUGAAUGGGAAAGUCACUUCUGGUGGUUCCGGGGCUUAUACAUUUCCUUGAAGAGAAACAACAGAAAGGGGGGGGGGACUCCCCUCCCCAGUGUCACUCAAUGAAACAGUCUUCCUGAGCCAGGACUAUCAGGAAGUGGUUGACUUGUCACAGUCCAGUGUGAUGGGAAAGGGACAGUCUAUAACAGGUGCUCUGUGCGUUGCUCCAGAAGCCUCUCUGCACGGCAAGUGCUCUGGAAAAGCACAGCUUAGCUCUUCUCCACAACCUGCCUUGUGUGAGUGGACUGACACUCCCGUGAAUAUGCUCACGAGGGAACCCGUGUGUGUGUGUGUGUGUGUGUGUGUGUGUGUGUGUGUGCCUGUAACAGUGCUCCACUUCACCACGUGUCCCCUUGCCCUGUGACUGUCCCUCGCCCCCUCUGAAGGGGACAUACUGCUGCUUUUUAGGGAGAGGACAGAACUCCCUAAGAUAUAUGAACCCCAAGUGUCACAGUCAGCCUCCUCAGGGCAUGUUUUUGUGGCAUAAAUGAUAACUGCUAUAUGGAUAAGCUAAAACCAAUAAACAAAAACUGAAGUUAAAAGAAAAAUGACGGGAGUCUGGUUGUCAUUUUGAGGAAGACGGGUCGGUGGAAUCUUUCAAAUGCUGAUAAUUUCUUGAGAAUCAUAUGCAGGUAAGUAAAAGUACUCUUAAAAGAUAAGGUCUUGGGUGGGGUUAGAUAGGAUAAUUGUUAUGUACAGAGACUCUUACACCUGAGGCUCCAAAGUCCCAGGUUCAAUCCCUGGCACCACCAUAAGCCAGAACCGAUUAGUGCUCUGGUACAAAAAAAAAAAAAAAAAAAAAAAAGUCUUAGAGGGGCAGGGGGGUAAAACAGAAGUUUAUGCAACAGACUUUUUUUUUGACUGAGGCUCUACGGUCCCAGGUUCAGUCCCUGGCACCACCAUAAGCCAGAGCGGAGCCAUGCUCUGAUUAAAAAAUAUAAAAGCAAGAAAUCAAUAACCCAAGUUCUCCUUAUCGAUAGAGUCAUAUCUCUCCCAAGUUUGUUUUGUGUGUUUCAGAAAUCAGACAAUUAAACCAACAGAUCUGUUGGAUUUUC